AUGCCAGCCAUUCAGCGAGCCAGCCAUAGACGUUCCACCCAAGAAAGCGGCGAAGUCACCCAAGAUUGUCUCCAAAGAGACAAGCACCAUAGGAAGUCACCAAGACAGUCCUUCUCGGUCUACAUCUUCCGCGUCCUGAAGCAAAUCCAUCGAGCAUAUCCUCGAAAGCCAUGUCGAUCAUGUGCUCCUAUGUUUAAAAUGGUGGCAUACACGAUGUUU